GAUGCAACCGCAACCCCAGCCGUAGCACCGUCACUCCAGUACCCCCAACUAGAGCAGAGGCACACCGGCGGAACAUCACUGAUCACGGACCAAGGGACCCCGGGACCGAACUUCCAUGAUCUCACUCAUCAAGCACCGCAUCCAACUUGGCUCGACCUCCCCACCUCGUCCGCUCCACAAAGCAACAUUCAACGAAUCCCCAACCCCGUCCGGAACCCUAAACCCCCCUCACAACUGUACCCCCAACCAUCUGGGCCCCGUCUUUCGACUGGCCACCAAGUGACCAACCAGAGCAUCCCGUUGAUCGACAUCCCAACUAACAAUCUCCCCAUCCACCGAGAGGAAGUCGAAUACAACCCUCAAAAAAGCGAGAGGCCCAGUUUCUUGUCGGCGAGAACGCCGACGAGUCUGGCGCCGACUAGCACGUCGACUACAGCCGAAUCGCGCACACCCCAAUACACUCUCCCACAGAUCAAUUUCAACGGUGGCUACUCCAGACAGGAAUCAAUACUCUCGGGGGGGAGUACGCCGUUUCCCGAUCAGUCUUUCAACACUAACUCGAUAAGAGUCACAUCGUCGUCGUCGGUUUAUCAGCAGGCACCUCAGUCCUCCGGGAAGACGACGCACCACGUUUCUUCGUCACCAUCGUCCUACGUGGGAGACUCCGAUUUAAGUAACUAUCCGCGGCUGCCGAACCAAGCAUCCGAGGUAGGCGACGCCUACUCUCAGGCGACCCGGCAUGAAUUCGGGGACCAACCGAUCCACUCGGGGGACACGAGAGUCAUCGGGGACCAACCGAUCCACUCGGGGGACACGAGAGUCAAUCAGUUAGAGAAAACAUCCAAUCGACACAACCUUCAAAGCCUACCAAGACCCGGUACCGAUUACGGCUCCUCUGAAACACAUAGACAAAAUUUUAGCAAUCAGUUCAAUCGACCGGGAGAAAUGGAUAGUUCCGUCAAGAAAAAAAGUAGCCCAAGCCAACUGACCCCGGCCAGUGGCAACCCUCAAACUAGGCAAAGGCUUCAACCCAGGCCGCAUGUGGGGGAUGCUGGCCUGAACCGGUUCGGAGAUCAGCCGACAGGCUCGUAUCCCCGAAUUAGCACUGCGGUCCCAGGAUUCUCCAGCCGUAGGUUCAAUAAUCAAACGAGAGCUGAGGUGGACAGUCAAGGUGGGAUGUAUUCGCAAAAUGGUGGCAAACCACUAGGAGUUAACUUAUUGAGCCUUUACGUAGUUCAGUCUUCGCCAAACCCCUUAAACUCGAUCGCUGCCCAGCCGGCUUUUGAAGAGAAUCAUUCGACAUCCUCAACGCCAACGGCCCGAAUUCCUAGUUCUUCCCCCAUCUACUUUGUCUCAUCUACCCCGGGAUCUAGUACCACAACCACAGUGGCACCAUCUGCUUAUCCACAGUUCUCCAACUCCCGUCAAGGAUCUUAUUCUCGAUCCGAGAUUCAGAGAACGACUUUCGCAGAUAGAUCAGCAACCUAUCGGCAACCGCAACAUUCCACGGCUAUCACAGCCACGCCUGCAUCAACAUACGGACGACAACGACAAGGCGUCAAUGAUUUGUCUCAGUCUCCGGGAGCGAUCUUUACGACGGCCACCCCGAUCGUCGCUGACAAAUACCCUGUGUCAUCUUACGGAGGCUCCAGGGGCUACGCGGCAUUUAACAGCCUCGAGACGACACCGGUUGGAAAGACCGGAAAUCGAGGCCGUACUAAAUUUUCGACUCCGACUUCCUACGGCGGGUCUGAAUACUAUCCUGCGGGUACACCUCAGCCGGUGAACGCUCAAUCCUACUCAGCUAUUAAUCGCGGCGAAGUAAAAUUCGCAUCCUCAAUCGAUACUCCAACCGUUCACCCCCGAACAUCCUCCGCGCGGGCAUUCUCACGGUCUUCCCCCGAUAGUCCUGACGUCUACCCUCGACCAUCCGACACCGUCCCACCUCUCGGAAGAUCCGCGAUCGGUAGCAUCGAAUCUGAUCACAACUCGGGAGGAGGAAGGUCAUGGUCAGACAGAUCCCAAAGUUCUCACUUCGGGGGCACGGGUCCACCCUCCUAUCCAUCCGCGCCCAUCACUCCAUCCGUAAUACCUCCCCAAUCCUCGGAGCCGUCGUACCCUCAGUCUAGACCUUCCUAUCAACAGCCCUCCUUAUUCGCCGCGCAAUACGUCCCCGAAUCCGUCGCUCCGAACACCCUGCCCAACUCUGACGCCAAGAACUUCCCGUCUCCCUCCUACACUACUAGUCAGGUGUUCGGUUCGAAUUUAAACUCUCGCCCGUCGGUUCUUCACAUGCCUGGACCUUUUAUUCUCAACCCUUUAUCACAUGAAACUGGUGCAGCAAGCCUUCCGUCCUCUAUGUAUGCAACAAGUACGUUUGCUCCUGUACCUAUCGCACCCAACUCAGCAUCUAACCCCAGUAGCCAAGAAUUCCCCUCUCCUUCCUACUUCCCAAGUCAUGUAGUCGGUUAUGAGUCGUCUACCUUUAGGCCUUCUGAUUCCGGGUUUGGGUCGAGCACAGCAGCACCCUCAAUUCAAGAUUAUGCACACAAUCCGUUCCUGAGGCACCUGAUCCCAAGCGAUGACCAGAGCAACGGCCAUGCAUCCGGCUCACUGCAGUAUAGGCCUUCUUUCGUCACCAGUGCUUCGCCCGCUCAAGGAAAAAAUGACGUAUUCUAUCAGAGGUCAUUGGCAAUCAUUCCAGCGCAUGGAAACUCGCUAAUUCCUGGAUCAG